GUGUACCAGGAUGAGUUUGUCUCCUCACAGAUCAAGAUCCCCUCAGACACCCUGUCGCUGUACCCGGCCUUUGACAUCUACUACGUGUACGGCUUCGGGAGCACGUCCUUCGUCUACUUCCUGACGCUGCAGUUGGAUACGCAGCAGACGCUCCUCGACACGGCGGGCGAGAAAUUUUUCACGUCCAAGAUCGUGCGCAUGUGUGCUGGCGAUUCGGAGUUCUACUCCUACGUGGAGUUCCCCAUUGGCUGUUCCCGAGACGGCGUGGAGUUCCGCCUGGUACAGAGCGCCCACCUGGCCAAGCCCGGCCCCCGGCUGGCUCAGGCCCUGGGGGUGUCGGAGGACGAGGAUGUGCUCUUCACCAUCUUCUCCCAGGGCCAGAAGAACCGUGCCAGCCCACCGCGCCAGACUCUCCUUUGCCUCUUUACGCUCAGGGACAUCAAUGCCCACAUUCGGCGCCGUAUCCAGUCCUGCUACCGGGGAGAGGGCAAGCUGUCUCUGCCCUGGCUGCUGAAUAAGGAACUGCCCUGUAUCAAUACACCCAUGCAGAUAAAUGGCAAUUUCUGUGGCCUGGUCCUCAACCAGCCCUUGGGGGGGCUGCAGGUGAUCGAAGGGCUGCCCCUGCUCGAGGACCGCUCAGAUGGUAUGGCCAGCGUGGCUGCCUACACCUACCACCAGCAUUCAGUUGUCUUCAUUGGCACCCGCAAUGGCAACCUUAAGAAGGUUCGAGUGGAUGGCAUCCAGGAUGCCCAUCUGUACGAGACGGUGCCUGUGGCCAAGGGAAGACCCAUUCUCCGAGAUCUGCUGUUCAGCCCCGACCAUCAGUACAUCUACCUCCUGAGUGACAAGCAGGUGAGCCAGGUCCCUGUGGAGACAUGUGGGCAGUAUCUUCACUGUGGGGCAUGCCUGGGCUCUGGGGAUCCCCACUGUGGCUGGUGUGUACUUCACAACAAAUGCUGCCGGGAGAGGGAGUGCCCUCGGGCUUGGGAGCCACACCGCUUCACCGAAGUGCUCAGCGAAUGUGUCCGAGUGUCCGUCCAGCCCAGCAACGUGUCGGUCACUGUGCCCGAGGUGCAGGUGACUCUGUUGGUGGAGAACGUGCCCGACCUAAAUGGGGGCGUGAGCUGUUCCUUCGAGGCCAUGGCCGAGAGCGAGGCCUCCCUGCUGUCCCCAGGGGAAUUGCGCUGCCUCUCCCCCUCCCUGCGGGACAUCCCCGCCAUCACCAGCGGGCGGGGUGCCACGGCCACUGUCCAGCUUUACCUGCGCUCCCGAGAGACUGGUUUCCAGUUUGCCCAGGCCGAUUUCGUGUUCUACAACUGCAGCACCUUCCAGUCGUGUUUGUCCUGCGUCAGCAGCCCCUACCCCUGCCACUGGUGUAAGUACCGCCACAUUUGCACAGACAACGCCCGAGAGUGCUCCUUCCAGGAGGGACGGGUCAAUACUACCGAGGGCUGCCCCGAGAUCCUGCCCAGUGGGGAGAUCCUGAUCCCCGUGGGCGUGGUUCAGCCUCUCACGCUUCGGGCCAAGAACCUGCCCCAGCCCCAGUCGGGGCAGAAGAACUACGAGUGCGUCUUCCGAAUCCAGGGCAGGCAGCAGCGGGUGCCCGCUAUACGCUUCAACAGCAGCAGCGUACAGUGCCAGAACACCUCGUACUCCUAUGAGGGAGAUGCACAGGGAGCCGUGGCCCUCGAUUUUUCCGUGGUCUGGGAUGGUGACUUCUACAUUGACAAGCCGGACAACUUCAAAGCCCUUUUGUACAAGUGCUGGGCCCAGAGGGAGAGCUGUGGUUUGUGUCUGAAGGCUGACCCCCACUUCGAAUGUGGCUGGUGCAUUUCUGAGAAGAAGUGCCAAUUGCGGGCCCACUGUCCCUCACCCAAGGGCAACUGGAUGCACCCCAGCAAGAGGAACCCACGCUGCAGCCACCCACGCAUCACCAAGAUCUACCCUGUGAAGGGCCCCAAAGAAGGGGGCACACAGGUGACGGUCUUGGGGGAGAACCUAGGCCUGACGUACCAUGAAGUUGGCGUGCGGGUAGCGGGUGUUCGCUGCAAUUCCAUUCCUGCUGCCUACAUCAGUGCCGAGCGGAUAGUGUGUGAGAUGGAGGAGUCUCUGGUGCCUAGCCCACUGCCAGGGCCCGUGGAGCUGUGUGUGGGCGACUGCUCCACAGACUACCGGACCCAGUCAGAGCAGCUGUACACUUUUGUGACGCCAGCUUUUGACCACGUGAGCCCCAGCCAAGGGCCAGCCUCUGGAGGUACCCAGCUCACUAUCUCUGGCAGCCACCUGGAUGCAGGGAGCAGCGUGGCUGUGGCCGUGAGGAACAGAGAGUGCCAGUUUGUGAGGAGAAGCGCCAGGGAGAUAUUGUGCAUCUCCCCCAGCUCAGUCCUGGGCCCCAGCCAGGCCACCAUCACGGUCCGCAUUGACCAUGCCAACAUCUCCAGCCCGGCUGUGCUCUACACCUACACUCAGGAUCCCACCAUCACCCUCCUGGAACCAGCUUGGAGCAUCUUUAAUGGCAGUACCACAAUCACUGUAACUGGGACCCACCUGCUGACAGUCCAGGAGCCCCGAGUUCGAGCCAAAUACCGUGGCAUCGAGACAGUCAACACCUGCCGUGUGCUUAAUGACACUGUCAUGCUCUGCAAGGCCCCCGGCAUCUUCUACGGGCAAUCCCACCCGCCCUCUGAAGGGGAGCAUCCAGAUGAGUUUGGCUUCCUGCUAGAUCACGUGCAGGCUGCCCGGACCCUGGACCGCUCGGCCUUCACCUACUACCCAAACCCCAGCUUCGAGCCCCUUGGACCCACGGGCACCUUGGACAUCAAGCCGGGCUCCCAUAUCAUUCUCAAGGGGAAGAACCUCAUCCCAGUGGCAUCAGGCAGUUCCCGGCUCAACUACACUGUGCUGAUCGGGGGCCAGCCGUGCACCCUCACUGUCUCUGACACUCAGCUUCUGUGUGACUCGCCAAGCCAGACUGGCAAGCAGCCCGUCAUG